AUGAUCUUGGGCUCCAACGUGUACCCGGCCAUCUCGCCGUUGGGAGUGCACAAUGCCCCGUUGCAGUGGUCGGGCAACCAGCAGCUCGCCAUCAACUCCGGCAAUUAUGUCCACAUCCUCGACGGCCAGCUCCCGCUGCUUGUGUCGCUGGUGAUCUCCAAGGACUACUCCGGGAGAACGCGCCUUUUGGACUUGAAACAGAUGUUGGGGAUCAAACAGAUCAUCAACCGCGAGUCCUACGACGAGGACCAGUUGCCAUUGGGACGGUUCCGCAGUUUCAUCAUCAACGAAGGCCGGGAAAAGUUCGCCUUCUCCUCGUUUAACGAUAUCGGUGUCGUCACCAUCAGAUGGUCUCCGCCUCACCCUACCACCAAACAGUGUGAUUUGGCAGUGUUAUUCUCCACGGGGGAGUGUCUCAUCUUCAGUAGAGACACGUUGACGGUGAAUAACGUCACUGUUAAAGUCGACUUGUUUGAGUGGAUGCUGAACCGCAUUGGUCUCGAGUACCACGAGAACGAGGAUAUCUUUUACGGGUCAGCCGCCCAGUUUGAGUCGCUCAAAUUGAAGGCGACUGAGUUUAAUUUACUGGGGUCAAGAAUGCAGCUUCUUCUUGCGCAGGAGUCACACGAGCUUACAUUGCUUGAUUACGGUGCUGACGGUGAAUUAUCGGUGGCCACCACAUCGUUCACGGAUAAGGAGAAAGAGGCAGUGAAGUUUUAUUGGCUGCCGUACCGAAACGGCCGCUCGACGUUGGCAGUGGUGUACCACGAUAACUCAGUCGCGGUGGCUGAAGUGACACCUGACUCCAUUGGCGAGUUUAAGGAGAUCAUCGCUCCUCAAAUAAGACUCCACCAUCUUCUGGAAUGGGUGGCGCCGCUGAUUUUCAUCAGUGCGUUUCAAAAGACCAUUGUUGUCGCUGAAGCCUCUGAAGACGGUUUCAACACUUACUCAUAUACUCUUGGCACUGCCUGGAGUAUUGCGGGGAUUGCCUGCACUAAUAAAGGCUUGGGGAUUGAAGUGGUGGUGGCGUUUGAUAAUGGCGUGUUUGACCUGUGUGUAUGGAAUGCCACUACUAAAGAUUUUACUGCCUCUGAAGGCCAUAAGGAACUUACCCAAUUCGUUACCAAGUCGCUCGAACAAUUCCAGUUGAAUAACUCUACCGCAGAAGACACCGACGACGUGGAAGAAGCUACCUCGAAAAAGUCGAAAAUUGAAGCCCCCAACAAGAGUGAAUUGAUGCGUAAGUACUUGGACCCAAGAGCCGACGGCCGGUUUAUUGUCCAAGGGUUUGUUCUCCACGAUGACUGUCUUACCUUGAUAUACCUGGUGGUACCUAAAAAUGCUCUUAUCUACACUAUUGCCCUGGAGACUGAGACGGCCGUGGCCUUUAUCAGAUUACUGGACCAAAAAGAACCGGUGACCAUUGAACACAACGAGGUGGCAUCAACAACAAUCGCUCGUUUGAAUCAAAUGUGGUUUAACCAGUUCAAUGAGUUGCCACCGCCGUUCCCCGCUCACAAUGCUAAACGCUACAGCAAAUACGCCCAUAAGUAUCUUGAAACGGUGAAAGCAUUUGUGGGAUCCCACUUCCUCCAACCCGAUGCCGCUGACCUUGAAGUCGAGGUGUGUAACCCGUUGGAAGCUGGUUUAAUCGAACAGUAUACUUUGAACCCUCAAGUUGAAGGUCUUCAAAAGCUGAUGGGGGUUUAUCGUAUGGUUAAUGAUGUGGCGGAGUCAUUUUGUGGUGUGGAUGAAUGGCAGGGGAUUAAAGUCAACGACGUCGAAUUAACGGUGUUGGCUAAGCAGCUUCAAGCGGAGGCUGUUGAGAACACCGUUAAGGUUGGCAUCAAAUUGAGAACACAUCUUGCUCGGCUAGUGUUGUCAAGCAUCUCGGGAGUGCCUGAAAACAAGUGGGAUGCGUUUUUCGUGCUCAAUCUAUACAACUUCUUGCGCGACGCCGCGACCGAUGUCAGUGAAUAUGAGGAGAAAGUGCCUGAAUCAGCUACUAUCGUCGUCGAAACCAAAUACCUUACACAAAGCUUUACCAUCGAUAAAAGCUCACAAUGGUUUUCCGAUUCAAUUACGCUGACGGCAGGGCAACCGUUUGCUGUGUGUCAAUUGACGGGGUUCCCCAUUCUUGAGCUCAAUAACAAAAAGGAUGAGUUGAAACAGUACAACUUCAAAGUGCAUAAUUGGCUGGAGUAUGGUCCGGUAACCCUGGCGGUGGCCCGGGCCAUCAACUACCUGUAUCUCGACGGCAACCGGACGUUUGCCUACCAAUCAACCAAAACAUGA